CAGUUGUCUGGCUUGACAUUUCAAGCUUGCGAGUCGUGGAUAUCGAACACGUUUUAAAAAUCUGCAUCAACAAAAACAUGCGGUAGUCGGUAGUAGGAAAGUAAUAACUUGUCCCAUUAUAUUACUGACUCGAAACGUGUUGUAAAUUAUUACUUUAUUUUGAUUGUAGUAUUUUAUUGAUAUUACAUAAUGGAAAAUACUAGGUUUCAAUUUUGUAUCGUCCAGUCCCGAAAGUGGCGUGUCUGGCCCGAUGGUCGUCUCUUGUCGUCUAAGGCGUUUAACAGUCUUCCGGAAAACCUCCUCAUCGGGAUGGGGAACCCGUUGUUGGAUAUCUCCGCAGUCGUGGAUGAAUCUGUCCUUCAGAAAUAUGACCUGAAACCGAACGACGCGAUCAUGGCGGACGCGAAACACAUGCCGCUGUACAAAGAACUAACUGAGAAGUACAACGCCGAGUACAUAGCUGGAGGCAGUGUUCAGAACUCCUUGCGCGUCAUCCAGUGGCUGAUCAAGAAGCCCAAAGUCUGCACCUACUUCGGCUGCGUGGGCGACGACAAAUUCGCGCAGAUAUUAAAAGAGAGAGCUAGUGCGGAUGGAGUUAACGUUAUGUAUCAAGUGAACAAGGAGCACCCAACAGGCACGUGCGCCGUGCUGGUGACGGGUCAGAACCGCUCGCUGUGCGCCAACCUCGCCGCCGCGCAGAAGUUUACAGACGAUCACCUUUCUCAGGAGGAGUGCAAAAAGGCCAUCGAAAGCGCUAAAUUCUUUUACACUUCUGGUUUCUUCGUAGCGGUGUCACCUGAGUCCAUGAUGCGAUUAGCAAAGCACUCGCUCGAGAACAAACAAACCUUCGUGUUUAACGUCAGUGCGGCGUUCGUCUCACAAUUCUACAAAGAACCACUUGAAAAACUAUUACCUUACGUCGACUUAUUUUUCGGAAACCUAGAGGAAGCAAAAGUCUUUGCAAAAGAUUUUGACUUUAAAGGAACAACUAUUGAAGAAAUUGCCCUUGAAAUAUCCCGUCUUCCCAAAAUGGAUGAUAGGCCAAGAGUGGUUGUUAUCACGCAAGGCAAUGCGCCUGUGGUCCUCGUGGAAAAUGGGAAAGUAAUCGUAACACCAGUGAAACCGUUAAGCACUGACGAGAUUGUAGAUACUAACGGAGCCGGCGACGCAUUUACUGGAGGAUUCCUUGCUCAACUAUUGCUGGGUAAACCUUACACGGAAUGUGUGAACUAUGGGAUAUACGCGGCGAGGCACGUCAUUCAGCACUCAGGCUGCACGUUUACUGGCGAAAGUGAGUAUAAGGAGGACUGAUAAAAAAUCUUUGAACGGUUUUCGCGACACGAGACAAGCUAUAGACCAUGUAGUAAGUUUUUAAUGGACGUGCGACUUGAGUUUUUGUGUCUAUACACAGAGCUCAGUACUGGCCGCCCCUGGUAGUUAGUUAGCAUUGAUACUAAGCUGCUGUAAUUUCAUUGAGCCUAAUUUAUUUACGUGAUGCAGGAAAGUAAAUUGGAUCAAGAAUAUAAUUCCACUUCUCGUUUUACGCAAAAAGCUCAGUGGGCCACAAAGCCUCACCACAAGAGAGCUGUGUCUAGAAAACCGUUGUCCUAAGUUCUUCCAGUACGGCAAUAAUGUACAUAGAGUAAGUAUAUUUUAGUGACGCACAAUUUCAUAUAAAAAUCAUUUUUCUUUUUUUAUUAACUUUUGUUACUCAUUUGUAUGUCAUGUAUUAUUUACAUGAAAACAUGCAACUUGUAUAUUUAUAUAUAUUAUAUUCUUUACAAAUGUGAAUGUUUUAAAAAACCAGUCAAUGUUAGUAAUAACCAAAUUAAAUGUUGUAGACCUAGUUUAAUCAGUAAAUAACCAACUUGAUUCUGAAACAUUUUUAAGUUUUCUAGUAAACUUUUUUGGAUGUGCUGAGAAUAGAAUAGCCUCUAAACCUGCAUCAAACACAGCAUUACACUGCACAGCACAUCCACCCGUGUGUUCAGAGUUCUAAUUUGUAAAUACAUAAAUUUCAUUUGCUCAAUGGUGUAUUGUCCAGUCUGAACAACAUUUAACAACUGUAUUGAUCUAUAAUAUCAUAAGUACUCUCUUUAGAAGCCAUAGGCCGUAACAUUCGAAUAAUUAACAGACUUGCAUGUAACUGUCAAGCUAGAACUGUUGAUAACACCCCAAUAAUUAAUAAAUGAUAGUAUUAUGAAUAGAUCUGACAGCAAAUAGUUGCACCAAAAUGUGUUAUUUAAAAUAAAAUGUUUAAUAUUUCUAUGUAAUUUCCCUUGAUUUACAAACCCAAACCUUGUUAAUGUUUUUAAUAAUUUAAAGUAGACAAUAAAAAUAGUGUCUUUGUUUGUUAAGUUGAAUAACAACUUUUGAACUGAAAAAUCAUUGUAAUGCAAGAAAAACCUUAAAGGCGAAAAAACUUACUCAUUAUUAGAAGCUUCUUCUUUAUAUUAGUAAAUUUAAGAAUAAACAUAAAUUGAGUGUGCCUUUUACGUGCUUCAAGCAAAAUUUGUAUGAAAUAAAGAGGCAUGAUUCACAUUUAACUUAAAUGAUGUUCCCUUGCGUGUUUAAGUUAAAUUUAACAAUGUCAUCUGUGGGUAAAAGUGAAUUUAAACCAACAUUUUUAUACACAAUUUUUUUACUCCAAUUUACCUUCAAGGUAAAUCAUAAUAGUUAUAAUAAACCAGAUCUUACAAAAAAAUGUAAUCUUUAUAAAAAGUAUGUUAUAAACAUAAAUAAUUAUAAAAAAAUGAAAAUGGUAUUAGUUAAUUACCUGUUAUAAAAUAAUCAACUAAAUCUUAUGUCAAAGUGGUUUCAUAACAAAAUAAGUUUACUAUAGGCAGAUUUGUUUCUAAAUAUAGUGAAUAAUCUUAAAAAGUAAACAACAGGAACAAUAAAAGUCAAAUCUUAAAAAUUAUAAUGCUUAACUUCUAGAACGUUGAUUUGGAGAGGAAUAAAUACUGCUAAUAAAUACUAUAGAAUAUCGCACAAUAUGCACAUCCCAGUCCGGGACAGUUUCUUGCUCAUCACCCAAUAGGGGCAUACAUCUAUAGGUUUCUAUUAUAAUAAAAUCUUUGAUCAACUUCGAAAUACUUCUUGUAAUUAUUCUUUGGUAGAUAUCUUUUGAUGUGUCCUCAUCUAUACAGCUUUUUCCUCGACAUAGGACGCAACCAGGUUUUAUAAUUGUUUUUAUUUUUGGUGCCCUGUAAGUUAAUGCAUAAAAUGGUUUUGAUGUACUUAUGUUUGUAAUUAUUGUUGUCAAAUAAAUGUGUUUUGUAACCUUUAA